AUGUCCUACUUCCGCAUCACCCUCCAAAGAUCCGGCAUCGGCAUGCCCAAACGCACACAAGGCGUCCUCAAAGCCCUAGGUCUCCGCCACAGAAUGGCCACCGUCUUCUACCCCGUCACACCCGAAGUCGCUGGUCAGAUUAUGAGAGUGAAGGAAUUGGUUUCGGUGGAGGAGGUUGAGAAGCCGUUGACGAAAGAUGAGGUUAGGGCGGAACGAAGACCGGAUCCCGGGUUUUACUUGGAGACGGCGGCGCCGAGGUGA